AUGGCGCCGCGUCGCAACAGCAGCGCAAAUUCUCCACAACAUCAGCAGCAGCAGCAGCAGCAACAUCAAACGCAGCAGCAAUCAGCACAGCAGCAACAUCAACAAAUUUUCAUGGCGCCCAUGCAACAAACGCUGAACGUUGGCGUUCAGUUGACGCGCUGCUGUUAUCCUAACGGUGAAUGCGGCAAGCUGGACGCACUGAUCGCCCUCGACGAACAGGGCGUGGCCGAGUGCGUGCGCGUGCUGUGCAACAAUGAGAACUGCAACAUGGGGCAAUAUAUGCAUCGGGACUGCUUCGAUCAGUGGGAGGCGAGCGUGUUGCAGCAACUGAAGGCGAGCGGCAGAGCGCGCAGCUGGUCGGAGCGGCAGCGAGUGCAGCAGCUGUGGACCAAGAAGGGCUAUGACUUGAUCUAUAAGAACUGCAGCUGCAAGUGCGGACGCGGGCAACUGCGCAAGGAUCUCGAGUGGCCGCCAAAUCAAAUUUGCUUUGCUGCUGCUGCACGCAGCGCUGCUGGCAAUCUCAGCAGCGAGGAUGAGGACAAGAAGAAGGCCAAGAAGAAGCGCAAUCGCAAUCAGAAGCAAAACGUCGCACUGACGCCGCUUAACAGCAACUGCAGCAAUUUGACGCCCAAUCCCAAUGUGGGCGUCAUUGGCUCCGGACUCAAUCACAGCAGCAACAACAACAAUGGCAACAGCUUGAAUAAUGGCAACAACAAUUCACUUGGAUUGCAGGCAAGUGUUGUCGCUACACUCAGCAACAUUCUGAUGAGCAGCAACAACAAUGUGCUGGGCUUGGAUUUGCGCACACGUGCCGGCAGCUUAAGCUCCAGCGGCUCCAGCUCGCCAUCGGCCUCGCAGUCCAGCGCCGACAUUUCGCUGUCGCCGGUGCAGCAGCAGCAACAAUUGCACUUGCAACAGCAUCAGCAGCAGCAGCAGCAGCAGCAACAAUUGCAAUUGCCAGCAAGCAUCAGCAACAGUUUGCUUAAUGGCUUGGGCCAGCAGCCCAAGAGCCUGUUGCCAGUCCAAGCGCCACCGCAGCCGCCGCAGCUGCCCGCUCUGGCCAACAUCAGCAACUUUAAGCCCUUGGCCAGCUACGAUCAGCAGCAGCUCGUGCAGCAGCAGAAGAACAAAGAAGUUGAACUCUACUCGGAGCGUGUACGCUCAACUUCUGGUUGCAACGGCAUCUUUUCACGUCGCUUGGACUUUUCAUCAUUCAACAUGCUGCCGAAGACGCGUCUCAACUCUUAUCAAGUCAAGAUCGAGGAUGAGGGCAAUCAUGGCAACGAUGAGACACGCCUCUUCAUACUCUCCUCGCUGGCUCAGUCGCAAAUGAGUCGCGUCGCCUGCAUUUUGUGCGAGGAGCCGCUGCUGGUUUUCGAUCGCUAUCCACUGGUCGAUGGCUCCUUCUUUCUAAGUCCCAAGCAGCAUUCCAGCGGCUGCAUUGAGGUUAAAUACGAGGGACGCAUGCUCUACUUGACCUGCGUCUGCAUGAGCUGCUUGGAUAGCACCUCCAGCAAUCGCAUCAUCAGCUGCAGAUUCUGCAAUGAGCCUUGGGAUGGCUCCAGCCUCGUCUUGGGCACCAUGUACGCCUACGACAUAUUUGCAGCAAUGCCUUGCUGUGCCGAGCGAUUCAAGUGCAAUAAUUGCUUCAAGUUGCUUAUGCAUCCGCAGCAGCGGCUGAGCUUCUACAGUGAUUACUCGCAUGGCGUGACCUGUCCGUACUGCAAUACGCAGGACACGCACUUUGUGAAGCCGCUGAGCCAUUGCUAUGCCAAGAACAGCAGCGGGGCGCGGAUGCAGACGAUCGCAUAACAUGAGGCCCCGUUGGAGUCUCCAACGGGCACAAUCGUCAGUGUCGUCAGUGGUGCUCCAACGGCCUCCUCGGUGGUCAAGCAGCCGCUUUAUAAUGCGGCCAUUGAUUAUUCGGCACCAUUGCCGCAGCAAAUUAAUCCCGAUCUAAUUGGCGCUCAUCCGCAUACACAGCAACAUCAGCAGCAGGUAAGGCAGCAACAACAGCAGCAACCACAACAGCAACAGCAGCAGCCACAGCAGCAACCACAGCCACAGCAACAACAACAACAACAACAAGCAACUGCUACCUCGCAACGUGCCACAGUAGAGGCUGCCUAUUUGGCAACUGCAGCAGCAGCACGUGCUGCCAACUACCAGCAACAGCAACAACAGCAGCAACAACAACAACAUCAGCAGCAGCAGCAGCAAAAGUUAAGCUUCUCAAAUAGCCUGAUGGCCAUGGCAGAUGUAAUAAACAAGUUUCAACAACAACAACAACAGCAGCAGCAGCAACAGCCGCAGCCACAGCAGCAACAUAAGCAGCUUAGCCAUGAGACCAAUGCACUUUUAUUAAGCAACGCCAGCAGCAGCAAUAAUGGUGCUAACAGCAGUAUUAGUAACUCAUUAGCUAGCCAUAAUUCACACAACAACAACAACAGCAGCAGCAACAUUGCUAAAAUUGCUGCCUGGACACAGCCCUUGGCACAGGCACAGGCACAGGCUGAGGCCAUCUCAUCGCUUUGGGGCUGCGCCAGCAAUGCCUCGACCAGCGGCUGCAGCUCGGGCAGCGGCUCACAGCCCUCGCUCAGUCCCACCAGCAGCAGCAGCCACAACAAGGAGCUGCUCUGGGCACAGACCUCGCCCAAUAGCAACAAUUUCUUUGCCGCCAAGGAGCUGCUGCCACAUGCCGCCUCGCCCACUGCAUCACUCACCAGCUCAUCGGGCGCUUCAUCCACAAGCGGCUGGGGCAACAAUCACAGCCACAGCAUGGGCGGCCACUAUGCCAAGCUGAGUGCAGCACAAAAUAUUUGGGAGCUGCCAACAGCAGCAGCAGCAGCUGCCACUGGCACACUUGCUCAGGAAAUGUUCAGCGAUCUCUUUAGCAAUCUGAACAUUAACCAGGAGAGCCAGCCAGCCAACAAGGCGGCGCUCAUUGGAGAUGCCAGCGAUGUUAGCUCCAACUCGUCCUCAUCGGCUGGCGAGCUGCUGGAAGCUGCCAACAUUUGGCGCCACAGCGUUGCCAGCACACGCCUCCAACAGCAGCAACCACUGCAACAGCAGCAACUCUUUGAGGAGCCAACAGGUGGCGCUGCUUGCAUGCAGCUCUUCAACGACUAUUUGAACAUGAAUCACAACUAAAAUGUUUUUUUGAGACACAAACAAACGUAAAUGUUACUCUAGCCAAAUUUAAAACGAACAUUUAACAGUAACGAGUAAGUGUUAGCAGAAGAAUUAACAGUAGCAAUAUCAGGCAGGCAAUCAAUCAUCCAUAUACAAUUUUUAUAUAUUCGCUGUUGCUGUGGCGUUAAUAAAAAAUAAAUGGCUAAAACGAUUCGAACAAAAGCAAAGCAAGCAAGGCAAACUAUAAACAAUUAACUUGUUAUUUUUCGUUGAGUUUUUACAUAUUUCUGCAAUUUUUU